UAUUGUGAAAAUAUUUUAUCAUUUUUCAACUAAGAAAAUCGUAAUGGGAUUUUUGCCAGUAAAAAUGAAUACAACAUUGUUGAUUGCAAUUACAAUAGUGGCAUUAAUAGUGACUACAAAAGGGCAACAAUUAAGUCAAUCUGGCUGUAUAUGCACACAACACGGGCAAGGAGAUGGCAAAAAUAAUGGCACACCAAUAGUGCAUACUAAAGAUAACAAAGACAUAUUUGAAGUUUUCAUCACAUUUCCCGAAGAUAUAGUUUUGAAAUUCUUCGAACAAAAAAAACUCACUGAAAUAGUUGAGGCUUUCAAGAAUCACAUUAAAAUUAAAAAUGAACAAACAAAAGAGGCUUUAAAAAAGAUCUUGUAUCAGUUUUAUUCUAUUCAUAAGCAAGUCGACCAAGAUAUUGAUAAUUUGAAGCAAUUUUUAAAACAGAAUGGACAAGGAGAUGGCAAAAAUAAUGGCACACCAAUAGUGCAUACUAAAGAUAACAAAGACAUAUUUGAAGUUUUCAUCACAUUUCCCGAAGAUAUAGUUUUGAAAUUCUUCGAACAAAAAAAACUCACUGAAAUAGUUGAGGCUUUCAAGAAUCACAUUAAAAUUAAAAAUGAACAAACAAAAGAGGCUUUAAAAAAGAUCUUGUAUCAGUUUUAUUCUAUUCAUAAGCAAGUCGACCAAGAUAUUGAUAAUUUGAAGCAAUUUUUAAAACAGAAUGGACAAGGAGAUGGCAAAAAUAAUGGCACACCAAUAGUGCAUACUAAAGAUAACAAAGAUAUAUUUGAAGUUUUCAUGNUACUAAAGAUAACAAAGACAUAUUUGAAGUUUUCAUCACAUUUCCCGAAGAUAUAG